AUGCUCCGUUCUUGGUGGACCCGUAGCUGCGACCGUUCCCUUGUUGUUCAGGAUGUCAUACGUGACAACCCUUCACCACAAGCUCAACGCAACAGGAUCCGAAAGCUAUGUGGGCAGAACAGCCUGCGAAAACUCUCCGAAGUUGAUCACGGGCAACUUUAA